CCAACAGCCGAGGGCCCCGAGAACUUUAAGAAGGGUAGACAAAUCAAAACACACUUGUCAACAUAAAAUCUGCCAUGUCUCAACCACAGAGUGAAACAAUGGACGUCACCACCGAGGCCAAGCGGAUUAUGGUUCAAGCGUUGGGGAAAAUGUACACUUUACGCACGCAACGUGGCGGACUUCGCCUUCACCGAAGUUUGUUGAUCACGCUUGUAAUGAAAUCGGCGAGAGACAUUUACCACAGCUACCGCAUAGCCUGUGAACAACAAGAGCAGCAAGCCAACUUCACUGGAGUCACAGCGGAGUCAUGUCAAACAGCAGGCACGGGCACUGCUUGCGUCCUAGAGGAUGGCAACUCCUCGCUUGCUUCAAAUACACAAGAAACGCAAAACUCAAAGACUAAUGUCCAGAGUGACCCACACAACCACGACUCUGCAGAAUCAGAGGACAAGGAAAAUCUGAGUUCCACCAGACCCGAACGACAUUCCAGAAAGCGCCGCGGGAAAGCAGCUGUUGAGCCCGACUUUCUACCAUGUAAAAAGGCGAAAAUGGAAGCCGAAGAGAUCAGGCGGAAUUCACACAGCGCGCCACUUAGGACCUGCUGUGGAGUAAAGGACUCUUUAACACAUAUCCCCAUGCAGAGGAGCAUCGUUAGCUUUUGAUAAGGCAACGGCGAUCAGUCAUGCUAAUUUCUAACACCAUGCGCUUUUUGUGCACGAACUGGGAUAUCCAAGAGAGGUCCAAGGUCCAAUGCCAUGUGGAGACUAUCUCCGGAGGGAGUACGGCGGCGAAUCCACAGCUGGAAUUUUUGGAUUUGCCUGGGUCCAGUGCCAGGUGACUGAAGGUUUGCGACCACUGCAUUCAAGCAUGUCAUCAAGGAUGUCGGGAAUUCUAGUCAAUAAAGUGUCUGCUUUCUUCAGAAACGCUGGCCAGUUACCUUCGACUGAUAUCAGUCAGAAGAGAACUAUUUGUUCUACUGUUGUCCAGCCAGCCAACACGUUGACUGUUGAAGAUACAUGUUUUGUCACUUGUGUACAGAUUGUACUUGACAGUUCUGUAAAUCUGUGUUCAUGUGUAGCCUACUCAUGUUGUGUGGACAAGGACAUUUCACUGGAAGGUGCAUCAGUGACUAGAAGUGGUAAAGAACCUCGAAUAACACAUUCCGAUUCCAUAAGCUACCUCAUAUUUAUUUAAUAAAACGUUUAUGAACAAGA